AUGUUCACUUUACUGAUACUCUUGCUCCCUUUGACAGCGAUUCUUGUGGCUGGCUCAUUGAAUGAAGCCGGCAGUGCCUUCAUCAUUGAGCUAGAUGAAAAGGCAACGACCUUGGAUGCCUUCGCCCAGAAUACCAGGGACAUCACUUACAAAGUCCGCCACGUAUUCAACACUCCUGGUGUUUUCACCGGCAUCUCGAUCGAUGUAUCUGGUAGCAAUGAUCUGGAGGGAAUAAAAGAGCGCCUUGACACUAUCUCGGGGGUUAUCGGCGUCGCCAAGGUCCUCCAGUAUGAACUUCCCUCGAGCAAGGGCAACUUCACUGUGCCCCAAGACGACAUUUCCUCACUCAUGCGUCGCGGGUCUGAUUCUGACCCCGAGGACUUGGGAUACACUCUAAGAAUGGGCGGCGUCGACAAAGUUCAUGCCAUGGGCAACAAGGGCAAGGGAGUAAAGAUCGGCUUCAUUGAUACCGGUAUUUACUAUAAGCACCCAGCUCUCGGCGGAGGCUUCGGCGACGGCAAGAAGAUUGCGGGUGGCUACUCUUUCAUUACCGAUGAUGGAGAUGAGGUUGAGGGCAGUGACCCCUUUUCCGACUGUGCUCAAUCAGACCAUGCGACACAUGUGGCAGGAAUCUUAGGUAUGGACCCUUUGCAGUACCCGGAAGGGUUACCUAUUUCCGGCGUAGCCCCUGAGGCGUCACUGUAUGCCUACCGCAUCUACAGCUGUGGUGAUAUUGGAGGGGCGCGACGAGGUGGCGAGAGCGACCUCGUCAUAAAGGCAAUGCUGAAAGCCAUGGAAGACGGCGUCGACAUCCUCAGUAUUGUUGCUCAGAGUCUUAGGGAAGCUGGCAUCGCCAUGAUUGUUGCCAUGGGAAAUGACGCAUCAAACUAUAUUGAUGGGAACAAUCUCUAUCUUCAAACGCUCCCCAGUGAGCUUUCAAGCGUCAUCUCCGUCGGCUCUAUUGCCAAUUCCGAAUACCCGCUGGUCUUCACAGCACAGGACAGUUACGGUACACACGUCCCCUUUGCGUCAUUAAAACCAAUUUCAGCACCUGAAGGUCUUGAUGUGUAUGUUCCUCCUGGCGAUACAUGUGGUUCGUUUGAUUGGGAGGGAAUCUACAACGACAUUGAGGCACAAGGCGGCAAUAUCAACGCCACCAUCAUUGCAGUGCGCGUUGCGGAGUCUUGUCAGCUGUCGACAAUAACGUGUUGUGGCAGCAUAAUCCCUCCUUAUUUACUCGGGUUUUUCAGCGCUGGAACAAACCCCUAUCUGAAAGAUCACGAAAGCAUCCUGCCGUACCGUUUCAAUGCGGGAGCUACUAGGGCUCUCACAAUUAUAGAGCCCGAUGCGGAUACCUUUUAUGCCAACUACGAAAAGGCAGGAGGGUAUAUGAAGUACAGACUUUUCUUCAAUAACUCGACUUAUACCAGCACUCCACAGUACCUCGCUGGAAUAGUGGAUGGAUUUAGCGACUGGGGGCCCAUUAGGCUCACAUACGAACUCAAGCCGGAAAUUUCUGCUCCAGGAGGCCACAUUCUGUCCACACUCCCAGAAAGUAUUGGCAGCUACGGAAUUCUCUCGGGAACGUCCAUGUCAACACCCUAUAUUGCUGGCUGCUUUGCGCUUGUCAAAUCCCAAUUCCCCGAUUUAUCCAUUGACGAGAUCCUCGCUCUACUGCAGAUGACCGCCAGGCCAACGCCUUGGGCAUUUGAUACUACAAUGUUGGCCACCACUGCUCAACAGGGUGCUGGACUUGUCAAUGUCUACGAUGCCAUCACGUCAUCGACUCGAAUCUAUCCAGGACAGCUCGCUGUUACAGACAACAACCGCACAUCGUUUGGUUUAGUGAAUAUUACCGUGGAGAACAAUGGAGAGGCUACUCAAACGUACAAGCUUGGCCACCGUGGAGCAGGCUACGUGAAAGAGAACAACGGCUACAUGGAGACUAACCAGCUUCCUAAUUUUGGGACCCCUACAUGGUACUCGCCUACCUUUGUGCUGGAACCUGGCGAAAGCAAGGAAGUUGCCAUACGCCUAUCAUAUCCACCUCUUGCCGUCCCUAUCACACGACUUCCCCUUUUCUCCGGGUUCAUUGAUGUUAUUCCAAGCACAGGAGCCAACCUCAGCAUCCCAUACAUUGGCCCUGCCUACUCGCCCUAUAACAUUGAUCACAUCUUUUACAGCGCACCUACAGACACCUUACCCGGCCAACCGUACAUGCGAUUUGGAAAUGGUAGUACAGACAGCUAUGACUUUGGGUUUUCUUCCAUCACGUCGUCCGGAACAUAUACACUCUCCGUCGUUGUCACCAAUUGGUCCAACCUCCUUAGGGCGGAUAUUGUCCCUGCUAAUACUACCCUCGCGGCGCAUUUCUAUAGCGAUAAUGCUACUGUGCCGGCCGACUAUGAAUAUCUCCCUUCUGCUGAGAAGCUCAGCUCGACUCUGUUCAACGGCGAGCCAAGCUACGGAAACCUUUGGAAGUCCGAAACACUGAACUCCCCGUCUGCCAGCGUUUUUCUGCAAGGUACGGGGUUCACCGUAAGUACCGAUAGCGGUGCUAAUGUCACGCUUGGCAAUGGAGAUUAUCGUCUAUUUUUCAGUGUCUUGAGAUGGGGAGGCGACGGCACGCUUCUUGAGGAUUAUGAUACUUGGCUGGGCCCGAUUGUUCGGUUUCAGGACUAG